ACUCCUCACUCCUGUCUCCUUAGUCCUUGUAAUAUUUUGUCAAACAAAACAAAACUUUUCACGGGCUUUUCUAAUGAUUUUCUCACAAAUUGAAUAUUUUAUAGCUUGAAAGUAACAUAAUGGCACAAUUCGCAGAACCUGGAAAGUAUGACGAAGCGCUUACAUCCAUUUUAGUAAAUGAAAAAUCCAUAGUAGGAUUCUUGUCGUCGGUCUUCAAUUUCCUUGCGAGACGAACCGACUUUUAUCACGUACCCAAAGGCCCAUACGAAAACAUGGGAUUUCCACCUGGUGUGGCCGAGGAACUUGUGCUUAAAGUUUUACGUAAAUGUGACCCAAAGAAUGUAAGUUCUCAAAAGCCAGCCGACAUAAACGACGAGAUAAUGUGUUCAACUGUUGCUCAAGAAGUGGAGAUUAUCGCUGAUGACGAUAAAAUAGAAGACUCUCCUAAAGAAUCUGAACUCACACCAGAAACUAAAGCAAAUGAAGUUAAAGACGAUAGAACAUUAUUUCCGGAAGACUAUGAGCCUCCAAUAAUACCGACGCAGAAGGACAGUGAGUCGUACAAUGGGGCUGUAAGAGACACUUACUCCUGGUCACAAACUAUUAUGGACUUAGAUAUAACAGUAAGAUUACCACCUGAUAUAAAAUCUUCAAAAGAUCUUAAACUAUCCAUAAACCCAAAUGAUCUUCUGAUAACAAAACGAAACGGAGAAACCAUUCUCAAAGACACAUUACCUUUCAAAAUUAAGACAAUAGAAAGUUUUUGGACAAUUAGUGAAAAGAAGUUGUUAAUACAUUUAGAAAAAGCUCAAGAGCGUUGGUGGAAGCAAUGCUUUACCAGUGAGGAGGAGAUUGACCUUUCAAAAAUAGACUGUUCUAGAUCUUUGAAUGAGCUACCUGAGGAUCACAUUGCCAAGGUUCAUGAACUACAGUGGAAUCAAGAGCAGAAAUACAAAGGCUUGCCAACCAGCGACGAAAUUAAAAACAUGAACAUUCUUAAAAAGGCUUGGAAUGCUCCAGGUUCACCUUUCCAGGGUAAAGAGUUUGAUCCAAAUGUGCUAAAGAAUAAUAUAAAUCUAAAUAACUGAAUGAUGUACUGAAUGUUGACAGUGUUCUGGGUUCUGUUCUUAGAGAAGAAAACAAUUUCAUCAAAUGAAA